UCGACAUAUAAGUUGCUAGCCAUGCCGAAUAGAAGGCAACUCAUGAUGAAUUCCUUGCAGUAAUAUAAUUAGAUACGUAACCUAAGUAUACUUCUGUAACAACCCAUUUUCACAACAACAAUUUGUCUCGUUACCAUGGCCUUGCGCGUUUCAAACCUCGUUUCCCGAGCAUGGACAAAGGGGCUGUUUGACGGGACCGUCGUGUUCUGCACCGGGGGCAAUGGUACCAUUUGCUCCGCCCAAGUAAAGGCCCUGGUGUACCUCGGAGCCGACGCCUGCAUCGUCGGUCGCAAUGUUGAAAAGACCCUGAAGAUGGCCGAGGACAUCUCCAGAGCACGACCUCACUCGCGGGUUCUCGGCAUUGGCAACGUAGACGUUCGCAACUCGGAGAGGCUCAACGCAGCGGUUGAGGAAUGCGUCGCGAAGCUCGGGGCUAUCGACUUUGUCAUCGCUGGGGCGGCUGGCAACUUCCUCUCCCCCAUCGAGGGACUGUCAACCAACGCCUUCAAGAGCGUCGUGGACAUUGACCUCCUCGGAUCCUACAACACGGUCAAGGCUACGAUGCCGCACCUUUUGGCGUCGGCGAACAGGGCCAGGAGCACGAGUCUCCCCAGCGGCGGCCGCAUCAUUUUCAUCUCGGCCACAUUCCACUACACCGGGAUGCCGUAUCAGGCGCACGUUGCGUCCGCGAAAGCAGGGGUCGACGCCCUCUCUGCUUCGGUAGCCUUGGAAUACGGGCCCCGCGGCGUCACUUCGAAUGUGAUCAGCCCGGGAGGCGUUGAGGGCACCGAGGGCCUGCAGAGACUUUCGAGCCUGGCCUCGCGUGAGUCGGGCCAAGGCUCCCGCCAGAUUCCUCUUGGAAGGUAUGGGUCAUUGCGGGAGAUUUCGGAUGCCACCGUGUUCCUCUUUAGCGAGACAGGAAGCUACGUGACCGGUCAUGUUCUGGUCGUCGACGGCGGCGCAUGGAGGCUGGCAGGACUCGUGGGUCAGUCGGCCGGUAUGACGUAUCCUGACGCAGUCCUGGGCCAGCAGGCUUUGCCGGAGGACAUUGAAACUGGUCGUCGGCCCAAGCCACAUCUUUGAGAUGACAGACAGCCUUCGCUUGGGCAGCUAGACUCUUAGGGAUUGAAUGCUUCAGGAAG